AUGGAUCCUAGUUUAUACAGAGCUGCCAAGGAAGGCAACAUUGUUGUCUUGGAGCAAUAUGUUGACCAACUUGAAGCCGAGGUCACCCCAAACAAGAACACUGUCCUCCACAUUGCAGCCCAAUUCGGACGCACCAAAACAUUGUUGGAUUGGAAGAAAGAUUUGGCCAAGGAACCAGACAUGCAUGGCUGGACACCACUUCACUAUGCUGCGCGGUUCGGUCAUGUACAAAGGGCUAAACAGCUACUAGACUCGGAUAAAUCCAUUGCAUACCUUAUUGCAGACCAAGAUGAUAAUAAGACAGCUCUUCAUGUAACAGCUAGUCAAGGACAUGUUAGUGUAAUACAAGAGCUUAUAUCACAAUGUCCUGAUUGUUGGGAGAUGGUUAAUCAUAAAGGCCAAAAUAUUCUUCAUGUUGCAGUGGAGAAUGAGAAAAAGAUGGUGAUUAAAUUCAUCUUGAAAAAUUAUUCACUCAGUGGCCUUAUAAAUCAGAAAGAUGUCGAUGGGAACACCUCUCUCCACCUCAUUGCUAUUGGUAGAUUACUUGCAAUCGACCUCAUAGACCACCGAAAAGCAGAUAAGGUUGUCUUUAACAAAGCAAACUGGACUCCCCUUGACAUAUCAACAUAUUCUGAAAUCGCAGCUGUACAAAAGGUUCUCAUAAAAGAAGAAUUGGAAGCAGCUGGUGCUACACUAGGUUUGCGAAAUGUAAUUAGCAAAGAUAAUGAGGUUUUAGCAAACAAGAAGAAAGAACGCGCUGAAUUUAAAAAGUCGAUACCCAUUGACGUCAGGAAAGCAGGAGACACCCAUUUGAUAGUGGCUACACUCAUAGCAACUGUGACUUUUGCAGCUGGUUUCACCAUGCCAAGUGGCUACAACAGCAGCGAUGGCCCAAAUCAAGGCAUGGCGAUUCUAACAAGAGAAGCAGCUUUCAAAGCUUUUGUCAUAAUAGAUUCCAUGGUCAUGAUAUUAUCCACUUGUGCUGUUUUGGUUUAUUUUGCUUCAGCUGAUUAUGGGGAUCAAACUAAGCUUCUGUAUCGCUAUUCUUUUGCCGCUGGUCUUCUACAGAUUGCAGCAGGAGCAAUGCUCUCCAUUUAUACACUGAAGAUGGAGCAAGCUGGAGGGCUUGGCUAA